AGAGGGAAACCCUUCAAAUGGAUGCUAGAGAAUGACCUUGGCUACUCCCUCAUGGUCCUGUCUGGGCAUCAGCAGGAGCGCGAGGCUGGCAGAUUGGACAGAGGUGCCCUCAUGGCUAAUAAGGAUGCCUUUCUCCAAUAUGCCUGCACAUUUGAGAUGGUUGCAGAAGCCAUCAGAGUGCGCAGGCAGAGAGAGGGCUCGUUACCUGGCUGUGAGGGUGACUGUCUGGUGGGCUUUGGGAUCCACAAGAGGAGCACCUACAAGGAGCUCUAUGAGGCUAAGGACAGGGAGAGGAAAAGCUAUGUGGAGUUCAUCCGGCACAAGGGCACCAGUACAGGCAGCAAGAUGGAUGCCUUGAAAAAAUACAUCCUGCUGAGGGACCAGCAGAGGAAAAAAAAGUCAUCUUCUGCAUCCCAGCCUGCCCAUCCUUCGCAUUCAGCUUCUCCUCCUCCCACCCAAAGCUCCCAUUCCCAGCCAGCCACAGCACACGAGCCAACAGAUGAAGAUCUGCUGGCUUCAGCCAUGGAGGUGGAGCCACAGGUACUUCCACCACCUUCAACGCCGAUCCACUCACCUCGCUUGGAGCAAAGAGCCGCUCAAAGGCUGGUGUCAGCGGCUUCUGAGGUUGUUCUCCCUGAGGCCUGGAAGCACUCCCUUCCAAAAGAACAACACGAGUGGAUCGGCCGCUCCCUCUUCCGGCGCCAGGGUGGAAGGGCAGCACUAACUGAUAACCUGCAGAUGUGGUGGUACCGUCCUGAGCCACGCCUGCAGUGUCAUCUGCCUCCAGCGUCGCCGGACGUGUUCUUCACCUGGCCGCUGUGUUUGUGGAUGCCCUACAGGAUGUGGUCCUACAAGCUGAUCUGCAGCUCGCCAGACUGCAGACGGUCUGGUCAGCGACAUACAUCAUGUGGGCUCUACAACAGUGUUUCUCAACCCUGCCCCUGA